AUGGCGGUUUCUGCUGAAGCCAUAGAGACUGAUCUCUCUGCCCUGUUUGACCGGUAUCCGGACAUUAACUUUGACACAACGGGAGAUGUCAUCUCAAGCUCUGGGAUCAGUGAGCAUUUCUCGUCACCGUGUUCAAAUGUUACAGACCACGAUGACACGCCCGUCUCCAACGACUCGACUUCCACGGCUCACACCACUCCGCUUCGGCCCAGUCUUCGCUCUGGCGAGGCACUGGAACUUCCCACACUAGACCGCUUCCUCGAACAACUUGCCAAAGCUGAUCUCCCAAUGACAUGCAAGGAGGUGUUCGAGGGUUUUGCGCAGGCAAUGGCUGCGCUCGGUUCUUUGGUGGUGCCUACCAAUGGUGAUCAUCUUGGGGGUUACAUCUCUUCCAAAAAACAAAAGAUACUGGCGCAGACCCGAUUGAUGUCCGUUCAACUUCGGCAGUCAGUUCUCAAUGUCACCGAACAGAUCAACAAUAUCGACUUUGUCAAGUCGCGGGCUCCAUUUACCGCCAAUCCUUCGAAGGAAGAUCUCUGGUGCAUCUACCGACAACGAGCAGUACUCAUUACAUGGUACGCAGCCUUGCCUUGCCGCACAGAGCAGACCAUGCUGGAAGAAUUGGCACACGUCUUUGAUGCUUAUGUUUAUCACCCCUUUUUGCGUCUGCUGGGCAUAGAGGACGUUGAUAUUGAUGUGCAGGAGGCAAUCAAUAGCCUAUAUGACGUGCUGAUGACUCUGCUUCACGACUAUGCCAUGUGGAUGAGCGCAAUGAAGGACAUAGCAGUAAAUCACAUGCAGCCACUGAUGAGAACGAUACGGAAGUGCCCACAAGCGUUAGAGGAAAUAUUCAAAGCAGAGAGUCUCGGCGAGACAGUCAAGGCCUCAAUUGGGGAUUCAGAGGCGCCAGGGAUGCAACCUGCUGACGAGCGAGUCAUUCGAGAGCUCAAUCUGAGCACCAGUCGACGGAGGCCACCAAUUCCACCCAGAAGUAGACAGAGAUAUCGGCGGGAACACACGGUGUAG